GGAAAAACGCAGAAUUUGUAAGAAAAAACUUAAGAAGUUUAUAAUAUCAGGCGCGUAAUAAAAUAGCCCUGCAUUACCGACCCAGCCAAACGCAUCGCCGUCAAUUUUGUCAAUUUUGACAACCACGUUGUGCGCGAGCUGUCAAAAUCAACGCAAUGGCCCGUGCAAUUUCCCGUAUAAAUGCGAAUUUUGCGCGAUUUGGCCCCCUUCGUUCCCUUUUCUCCGCACAAAAGCGCGAGAUAAGUAUCUGUAUUGUUUGCCACAACCGGAAUGGAGCCCCCACAUUGGGUGUCUUGGCGGGGAAACACGGAGCAAAAGGAAAUUCUAGCAUAGCAGGAAGUCGAGGUAUUCACACGACUGGUCAGCUACUGCGAGUGAACUACUACGACAUUCUGGGUGUGUCAAAGGGUGCCACGGCGAAGGAGAUCAAAAAGGCAUACUACGAUCUGGCCAAAAAGUACCAUCCAGACACAAAUAAGGAUGAUCCGAAUGCCAGCAAGAAGUUCCAGGAAGUCUCCGAGGCGUACGAGGUGCUGAGUGAUGAGACAAAGCGCCGGGAGUACGAUACAUUCGGGCAGACGUCUGAGCAAAUGGGACGUGCUGGUGGAGCAGCUCACGGGCCACAGGGUUUCUCGCAGCACUGGCAAUUCCGCUCCACAAUCGACCCCGAGGAGCUCUUCCGCAAAAUCUUCGGCGAGGGCGGCUUCCGGCCGGGACAUGAUGACUUUGCUGAGUCCCAAUUUGGCUUUGGGGCUGCGCAGGAGAUCAUUGUGAAGCUGACUUUCGCCCAGGCGGCACGAGGGGUCAGUAAAGACUUGGAAGUUAAUGUGGUGGACACGUGCCCCAAGUGUAGGGGGUCCCGAUGUGAGCCGGGAACAAAGCCCGGACGCUGUCAGUACUGCAACGGAACGGGGAUGGAAACCAUCUCAACGGGACCCUUUGUCAUGCGCUCCACAUGUCGCUACUGUCAGGGCACGCGGCAGUACAUCAAGUAUCCGUGUGGGGAGUGCGAUGCAAAGGGGCAGACGGUGCAAAGGAGACGCAUCACGGUGCCCGUACCAGCUGGCGUGGAGGAUGGGCAAACGGUGCGGAUGAACGUGGGCAAUAAGGAGCUCUUCAUCACAUUCAGAGUGGAAAAAAGCAACUACUUCCGUCGCGACGGUGCUGAUGUCCACACAGAUGCCUCAAUUUCCCUGUCACAGGCAAUUCUGGGUGGUACAAUUCGCAUCCAGGGCGUGUAUGAGGAUCAAAUAAUCCAAAUAAUGCCCGGAACGUCGUCACACACGCGCAUCUGCCUCUCCGGGAAGGGCAUGAAGCGCGUCAAUUCCUACGGGCAUGGGCAUCACUAUGUCAACGUUAAAAUUCAAAUUCCCACAAAGCUCAGCAGCGAGCAGAAGGCCCUCAUUCAGGCCUACGCCGAACUGGAGGAGGAUACACCCGGGCAAAUUCUCGGGGUGACCUUCCGCAAAGACGGUAAGUCGCAACAGUCCAAUUUUGCAUGGGAGAAUGUCACGCAGAAGCCCAAAGAUGAGCCAGAGUACGAGGCGCACGAUAUUAGGGAUACAAAGGAGUGGCGAAGUAGGAAAAUGGGUCCGGGUUUCUACGUCAUUUCGGGCUUUGUGCUCGUCUUUCUCUGGGGCUUGGCCUACCUCUCGCAUAACGAUGAGCUAACGUACAGGCAUGAGAUUCCCGAAGAAUUUCGCAAUGCCCCGAGGAAGAAUGCUUGAAGAGCUGGAACUUUUACCAAUUCUAGUUGAUUUUACUUUAAUUACUAUUAUUAGUUAGGGUUCCAUUUUCCCCAUUUUCCUGAACAAUGAGGAAAUAAAUGUUGUUGUGGAAGUUGCUUUUAAAGAAAAA